CACCUGUACGCACAGCUGCCGGAGAAGUUCGGUACUUUUGUGGCCGACUGCUCUGCGCUGUUUGCAGGAGGUGUGGUGGAUACGAAGUACAUCGCCGACUUCCACACGAGAGACCCGGCGAGUUUCCUGGAGUACUUGUUCCGCAAACGCGUACGACACAACGCACGGCGUGAACUGUCUGAUAAG